AUGCAGUUGACCCAGGUCGCGCUCUGCGUCACCAGCCUUCUGGGCUCCCUUGCCCUGGCUGAGCCGGCUGAGGCCGCCAACUCCAAGGGCGUCGUUUCCAGCGCCGUCCACUCGCACUCGGCCAAGAACCCCCACCACCCCAAGACCACGGCUCACACUCACGUCACCACGACUGCGAAGGCUGUGCCCACCAAGACGCCCGUGAAGCAUAAGAGCCGCACCCAGAAGCAUCGCAGUUCCGGUGCUGCUAAGCACACGCACUCUUCCGUCAAGCACACGCACUCCGCCAAGCACACGCACUCUGCUGUCAAGCACACGCAGUCUGCCAAGCACACGCGGUCUGCUAAGCACACGCAGUCCGCUGUCAAGACCACCCAUGCCAAGACCACUCAGGCGAAGACCACCCACGCCAAGGCGACUCCCACCAAGGCUGUCCAUGCCCGCGACGAGGUCGACGAGGUGCUCGACUCCGAGGUCGACGAGGAGCUCGACUCCGAGGUCGAGAAGAACCGCAACGACGGUGACCACCGCCACGGCCACGGCCGCCCCCACGGCGGCCGCCCCACGGGUAUAGGGGCCGGCCACAAGCACCACCGCCCCACUGGCACCGGUGCUGCCCCUUCCCCCACCAACGACAUCGUCGCUCGCGAUGAGGUCGAUAUGGACGUCGAGAACCACGGUGACGAGCAUAAGCACGGCAAGCACGGUGGCGAGCACGGUGGCGAGCACGGUGGCGAGCACGGUGGCGAGCACAAGCACGGCAAGCACGGCGGCGAGCACAAGCAAGGCGGCGAGCACAAGGAUGGAAAGCCUACUAACACUGAGAGCGAGGGCGAAGCCAAUGAGAUCGUUACCCGCGACGAGGUCGAUAUGGACGUUGAGAACCACGAUAGCGAGCACAAGCACGGCAAGCACGGCGACAAGAAGCACAAGCACGGCAAGCCUACUAACACCGACGCUGCUCCUGCGCCUACUGGCGAGGCUAGCGAGAUCGUUGCCCGUGAUGAGGUUGAUAUGGAUGUUGAGAAUCACGGUGACGAGCAUAAGCACGGCAAGCACGGUGGCGAGCACAAGCACGGCAAGCACGGCGGCGAGCAUAAGCACGGCGACAAGAAGCACAAGCACGGCAAGCCCACGAACACUGAGGCCGCCCCCGCUCCUACUGGCGAGGCUAGCGAGAUCGUUGCCCGCGAUGAGGUCGAUAUGGACGUCGAGAACCACGGUGACGACCAUAAGCACGGCAAGCACGGUGGCGAGCACAAGCAUGGCAAGCACGGCGGCGAGCACAAGCACGGCGACAAGAAGCACAAGCACGGCAAGCCCACCCAGACUGAGGCCGCUCCCGCUCCCACUGGCGAGGUCGACGAGAUUGUUGCCCGCGAUGAGGUCAAGCAGGACAAGCACCACCGUCCGACGCCCACGCAUUCGCGCCACCACCACGACGGCCAGGCCGUUCCCACGACUCUCAAGAAGGUGGUCCGCCCGCCCGUCAUGACCUACCUGCCCAUCGGCCCCCGCGCUGAGGUCGCGAAUCACGGUGGCCACAAGCCCACCGACGGUGCUCAGGUCAUCCCCAGCCUCACCCGCCCUGGCGGCAAGCACCCCAAGGCCACUGACCUCCCCAAGCACCCCAAGGGCAAGAACCCCCACCACUCCAAGCCCAGCCCGUCUGCGGCGCCCGUCAAGCCCCUCGCAUAA